AACCUUGUCGAUGUAGGUCACGGUGAUGUGUGUGCUGUAACUGCCGGAGACAGAAGGACAUCAGACUCACUCCUCCCCGCGGACCGCAGGACAGCCAGCUGACAGUGGACACCAAGGUGAGGAGUAAGAUUACGACUACUCCAGCAUCGCCACCCGACUAUCAUUGACCACCCGAGUGUCGUCAUAUAAACUGAUUCACUGGCUUGGGAUGUCAUCGACUCCUCCCAGUCCUUGAUGCAGUGGGCGUCUACUCACCUACCACUGGCUGUCACAGAAGUGUAGAAAACGCCCUGAAACACCAACCUCUCAGAAAAAUUUGGACUGAGUGAAAACCUUUCAUCGAACCAACUCGAGGCUUUCAUUGAACUGUGCGGAACGUACACACACACAAACCAAUCGACGUCCGAGGUGGGUUGAUAUCCAGAAGACAUCGGCCGGCGCCGGCAGUUCAUGGCAGAUGUGAGGAGGCAGCGGGAGCAUCCCUAGAACACGACCUGCUUGUUGAGUCCGACCAGAAGGUUUGUACAGGAGGAAGAGGAGAAUCAGAGAGCUCAUUAAGGUGGGUCAAGGGGGUUCGUAAGGGAAGAGUCUGUCCUGUCCACGCGGCUCGGAAGGACAAGAAACUAGCGAUGGGAUGGACGAUGUCUGGCUGUCAGUUUUCAGUCGUCAUCUUCCGGAGUCUUCUGACAGGCGUUUUGUGGAGCAUAUCUUCAGGCCAGUUGUCAGGUCUCUCCCAGACAUCGUCUCUCUCUGCAGGUCGCGUGGGUCCUCCUGACAGCCGCUGCAACAUCAACAACGGCCUCGUGGCGGACGCGUCUGACUGUCGCGGGUACUUGCUGUGCUUGCAGGGCGCCGCACGACAGCUGCACUGCACCCGGGACUUGCUGUUCAACCAACUGAAACUCGUCUGCGACUUCCCCAGCAACGUACAGUGCGGAAACCGGCCUCUUGUGUCAGGGUCUCCAUCAUCCAGCUGGUCAUCUAACUCUGUCCCAGAGAGCGGCAGAUGCUACACCGCCGUUGUCAACGUUACCAUAGACAUCAAGAAUGAUGUGAGGGCGCCACAGUUCUACGAGAGUGUGACUUUACGAGUUCAGAGACAACCACUCCGCCACGUGUUGCUCAUUGCUGCAGGAAUGGACCCCAAAUUUAGAUUUGAAACGACGGAAUUCCCUGGAUUCGGGGACCACCUGUCUUCCAUCUACGGAGUCAGAAACGACAUUCAGGCCAUCUGGACCUUGUUUGACAAAAGAGGCAGUCUUGUUAGAGAGAAUUUGGACGAGUUUUAUCCCGAAAACGGCGAAAUUCUCACGUUCGUGUUCUCUUCAACAAGCGUCUAGCGCCAGGGUAGAAGUCCGGGUAUCUGUAGGAGGGACUCCCUUCCCAGUCAACCGUCCCUCCUUCUCUUGAAGAGUUGCGCGCCUUGCAGAGCCACUAAUGAGUAAUGAGUCAGCCUGGGUUUUUAUGAGACAUCAGCUGCAUACAUCUGGAAAGACAGCAGGAUUUUUUUUUUAAAUCGGCAACCGUUGCUGUUCUGGGCUGGAUGGUGUCAGAGAAGAUUAUUUUGAAGAUCUACAGAUGACAAAUAGCCGUCCACAGUUGCCGUGUGAUUGCAAAACUUCAGGGAACAGCUCAUCAGAAAUUAGGGAAACAAUUGUAAAAGUUUUAGUGUGAUAGUGAGACCUCUACAGCAGACGUGAAGGUUUAAAUAUUCUACUAUUGACAGCAACAAUAAUAGACAGCAUGUAGAGAUUUUCAGAAAAUCCUGUUAUCUCUGUUCAGUGAAUGACCUCAUGGAGUUAGCAUAAUAAAUCUUAGAAAACAAGUUAAA